UACUUGACUAAAUUAGUUUCAACAAUAUUUUAGAAAAAAAUGGCUGAUAGAAAAGUGCCAGCCUGGACUAAACCCAGAAUGAAAAUUUACGAAUACAACAGAGAGUUUGGAGGAAAAUAUUACCAGCCAAUGCUGGAGUACAUUGAACAGAAGGAAACCCAAGGAGUAUUCUUCCCACCAAGGUCAACCCUCGAGAAAGUACAUUUACCCGAACCUGCUGAAUUAUCUAGAUCAUCUUUUUCCAGCUCAAUGUCAGAUGUUGAUUACUUUCUUGAAAAUUCAUACAAGAAGCAAAUUAGAGAAUCAAACCAAACCUCAGUUCAUACACUAAAUGCUGCAGUAAGACAGUCUAAACAACAAUCUCAUCUAAACCCUAUUCUACCCUGUACAAUGGUCAGGAAUCACUAUAUCAAAGAAAUUGCUCGGCUCAGAAACUCUACAGUUUACCCAGCGCUAGACUUAUAAUGCUCACAAUUUGUAAUGUUUUAAUAUACUUUAAACUAAUAAUAAUUGUGAAAUCCUUUUAAAUCAAUGGUCCCAAGAACUAUUACAAUAAUUUUUGAUUUUCUUUAGACAUGAUUUUUAAAUAAAUGUUACACUUUU